AUGAUCAAUACCAGCAGCGCCGUUGAUGAGCCGGAGGGAAGGCCAGUUGUCAUGGUGAUAGGGGAGCUGACCACGUAUCUCUGCCGUGCUGGCGAGACGCGCCCCUUCGCGGAGGAGGGCCCCAUACCGGCGGGUGUAUUCCGCCGUGUUCCUGCUGCUUCUGCUGCUGCUUCGGCGCCAGCAACGAUGGCGGCGCCAUCCGGACAGGAGGCGGUGUCACGUAUUGUCUUGAGGCUCCGAGAACACGUGUUCGACAGGGGUGUUGUCGUCAUUAUCCCAAUGCACUCCUCCCAAGAGUACCGAGAAGGACUUGUCUUGUUUAUGUUUGAGAGACUCCAGGUGCGGACGAUAGUUGUAUUGUCGGAUGUUGUGGCUGACGCCUUCGCAACGGGAUUUCGGGAAACACUUGUGCUGCACGCGUCACUGGAGGCCCUCAGCGUCGCCCGUUUAGAGGCGGGUGCCACACUGAAGUACGCGGCAAGCGGUGCCGGCUCACUGUCGCGCCUUGUGACGCCCAGUGCAGCCAACAGGAACUGCCCUCAGCCGAAGGAUGAGGGAUCCGAGGUGGCAAGAAAUAUAUGGAGUGGCAAAGAUGGAGGCGAUGUUGUUGUGUCAUCUUCACUUCGAAGGGCUUGGGCAGGUGGUUGUUCGCCUUCGACGGGUGUGGUGGAUCUGUUGGACGAAUUGUAUCACAAUGCGCUGGCCUCUUUCUUUGGUGAUGAUGUGUACCAGCGGGUAUUAUCAUUGAGAGGAGCUCAACCAGAAGAAGUACAGCAUAAAGGCACUCGAAUGAAGCGGGGACGCGAUGAGGGCGAGGAGAAGUACGAGGAGGAAACUGCAGCCAACGGCACGGGUCGAAGACGAGGGGCGUUGGGGCGACUCCUCGCUUCUGUCGCUGAGGACGCGCCGUUGUCGGUGAUCAUUGCGGGCGAGGCGCUGCGUGUGGCUCCUUUACUUCAAGACUUUCUUGAGGAAGCGGUCCGUGCUCGUAGCGAGACACAGGAGAGAAACAACGUAUUAUCAUCAUCGUCAUCCUCCUCUUCAUCCUCAUCAUUCACCACGUCGUCUUCGAAUGACAGUGAUUCCAACUCUACUAGCUCCUCGAGGCAGGUUGGCGGACUACUUAAUCUUCAGCAGCUGCCGCUGGCGGAGUUCCCAUGGCUGCUACCUGUCCUGGGUGGCUCGCUGGUCUCGCAGUUGUCGUUGGGGGAAUUAAGUAAGCUGCGCAUCUCCAGAGAGGAUGCUCUUUCGUCUAAGGGUGCCAUUGUACAUUGGCGUUCAGUGCUGUGA